CAACUAAACAUGCAAUCCUCAACUUUUGAAUUAUUUUCCUUUAGUCUUCUUCAUGAUGAUUCCUAGCUGACUCGUCCUUUUAAAGCUAAACUUUCAUCUUAUUUUCUUUUAACCAUAUAUAUACCCCUUUACAAUACAAGGAUUCAUCUACCAAAAUUUACAAGAGCUUUCCAAUACUUCUCACAAGCUAGUAGUCCUUUUCAAAGGCAAGAAACAUCAAACAAAAAUGAAAACCUCAUUUCUUAAUGAGUUACUUAAUGGAAUUUAUAUCUCCUCUAUUUACCCAACCGGGAAGUCGUCAACAAGAUACUUGCUUGAUUCUUCUAGCAUAUACAACAAAUCCAUCACAAAAUCAAAGCAAGGUAAAUUCAAUUCUGUUAUGACAAAAAUGAACAUAUUUGGGAGAAAGAGUGAUGGUUUUGCACAUGGAGUCCGAGAGCAUGUAAGACUUGGACCAAAGAUAACAGAAACGGUAAAAGGGAAAUUAAAGUUGGGAGUAAGAAUUCUUCAGGUUGGUGGAGUAGAGAAAGUGUUUAUGCAACUUUUUAGUGUUAAAGAUGGAGAGAAGCUAUUGAAAGCUUCGCAUUGCUACAUAUCAACCACAUCAGGUCCUAUAGCUGGCCUUCUCUACAUAUCAACUCACAAAGUUGCUUUUUGUAGUGACAAAUCCAUCAAGACCACUUCUCCCAAAGGAGAAUUAAUAAGAGUCCAAUAUAAGGUCUCUAUUCCACAUGAAAAGAUAGAGCAGGUCAACCAAAGUCAAAAUGUGAUGAAACCUUCAGAAAAGUACAUAGAAAUAGUCACCGUGGAUGGUUUCGACUUUUGGUUUAUGGGAUUUUUUAAUUACCGGAAAGCUUUAAGAUAUCUCCAGCAGGCUAUCUCUCAAUCUCAUAGAGAGAAGUUGUAGAAAUAGUCAAAUUGUUUAUCCUUACUGCUUCAUCAAUUAUUUUUUGAAGUUGCAGAGGUUCCAAAUAUGCACAAAUGUUCUACAUCAUUUUGUUAAUAGAAAAAGAUAUCUGUUUUUUAAACUUUUGGUUCCAUUCCACAUUCUAACAGACAAAGUUGUUAAACUCAGCUUUAACAAAGUUAAACAUCAGAUACGUUUCGGGUAAAUCUUCAAUUACAUUUAAUAUCAUAUGACAGAAACUAAUUCGACUAUGAUUCAUUUUAAUAAAUAAUAGGGAGCUCCAUUGGUCUCGUCUGUUACUUAUUUUUCUAUUAGCCAUGUUAAGUGUUGUAUUAUAUAGAUUAAGGAUAGAUACUAAAAGUGAUGGGGCUAAUUUUAAUUAGCAUUUCUGUUGCUUCUGUAUUAAGUUAUCUGCUAAUUAAUUGUAAUCUAGCUCAAACAGCUUAUAGUAUAUAAGAACACCUCCCUAACUCUGCUAGGUGGGAGUUUUUUGCCGCA